CUCCGCCGGCCCCGGCCCCCGCGGCGGGCUCUCCCGCGGGCGGCAGGAUGGCCGCGAAGCCGGCCGAGCUGAUGGGCGUCUGCUCCAGCUACCAGGCGGUGAUGCCGCACUUCGUCUGCGUGUCCGAGGAGUUCCCGCCGCCCGCCCGCCCCGCCAAGACCCCCAAGGGCAAGCUGCGGCGGCCGCGGCAGUCGCGCUUCAAGACGCAGCCGGUGACUUUCGACGAGAUCCAGGAGGUGGAGGAGGAGGGGGUGUCCCCCAUGGAGGAAGAGAAGGCCAAGAAGUCCUUCCUGCAGUCUCUGGAGUGCCUGCGGCGGAGCACCCAGAACCUCUGCCUGCAGCGGGACCGCCUGGGCAGCUGCCGCCUCCGCAACAGCCUCGACUCCAGCGACUCGGACUCGGCCCUCUGAGGGCGCCGGGACCGGCGCGGACUGAGCCGCACGGAGCCGCGCCGCCGCCGCACAGGAGCGCCCGGACGGGCAGCCGGGUCGGGAUGUUUUCUAAGAAAGCGCUUGUACCUUCGUUUCUAUUUGAUUGUAUGAAACUCACCGUUUAAAAGACCAAAAAAAAAAAAAAAAUCUUUUCUAUUCGUUAGAAGAAAUGAGCUGUUUUAGAUGCGCUGAGCUGCUGGACUUUAUAUUUAUUUUUGCAUUUAAACUGUUGACUGCAUUAAUUUAAUAUGUUUCUACCUGAAUGUCUGUUAUUAUUUCCAUAAAAGAGUAAUAAAUCUGAUAUAUUUGCACAGUA